AAACGAAAGUAUAAUAUUGAACACGUAAAUAAGUUUUUAUAAAUAAAUAAAUAAGCAACAAACUAUUACUAUGAAGGACUUUGGCAAUAUGUUUGCUCGACGUUAUAGUGCAGUUUGUGUAAGUGACGAGGAUGCAAAUAAUUAUCAACGGAAAUCGCUAGAUAAAGCCGGAUUCGGGCCAGGUUCACCGACUAAUAGAGAUCCUGCAGCUUCUUCGGCCGCUAUGUCCGCUUUGCAACGUGCCCAGCGUCGUAAGAGCCUCAAAGCGAAUCGAUCAAUGAAACCGAUUGAUAUAUUGGGUAGCUUUUUUAAUGAACCGAACCAAGGCAAACAUAAUAGAGUUCCUAAACGCGCUUUUCUCCUACUUGUCAUCGGAUUUUUGGCCAUUACAACAGCAGUGCUGGUUAAAGUGUUUCAGCCAUAUGAUUUAAUAUUUAAAUGGAAGUUAAUCAUGUCUGAGGGAGGUGAAAUUUUUAAUCUUUGGGCCCUGCCACCAGUUGAUCUGUACAUUAAGAUAUACCUCUUUAAUAUAACCAACGCAGAGGCUUUUUUGGCUGGUCGCGAGCGGCUCAAAGUAGAACAAGUUGGACCUUAUGUAUACAAGGAGAUAAUGACCCACAAAAACGUUACAUUCAAUAAAAAUAACACUAUGAGCAGCACACCCAGUCAUCCCUUGGUCUGGCAAGAGGAAAUGUCUGGCAGUCGACAUGAGGACGAUGAAGUUAUAAUGCUCAAUAUUGCUAUGCUGGCCAUAUCGCAUUUGACUGCUAACCAUCCCUUCUUAGUAAGAAUGGCCCUUAAGACGUUGCUAGCAAGUACGAAAUCAGAGCCGAUAGUUCGGACCACUGUCAAGGAGUUCAUGUUCGGUUACCCUUCGGCCCUUGCCACACUAGGCAAUACCUUCCUUCCCAACUGGAUAUCUUUCGAAAAAGUGGGUCUUAUCGAUCGUAUGUACGAUUUCACUACGGACUACGAGACGUUCUAUACGGGAGUGCCAGAUCCAGCGUUGUCGGGGCUUUACGCAACCUAUCGGGGAGAAAAAACCCUUCCCCAAUGGGAGGGCCAGCACUGCAGUAACAUUGAGUACGCGUCGGAUGGCACAAAGUUUAAAAGCUUCAUUCAACCCAACGAGACGGUGAAGUUCUUCAGAAAGAGCAUGUGUAGACCAAUCAACUUGUACCGGGUUGGCGAUGAAAAAACGUAUGGCAGACUGAAGGGUUACAACUACGUAUUCGAGGAUAACGCUUUUGAUAAUGGUGUAAACAAUGAGGCAAACAAAUGCUUCUGUCGAAAAGGCGAUUGUCAGCCGGUUGGACUAAUUGACGUCACUGAUUGCUACUACGGCUUCCCAAUCUCGUUAAGCUUCCCGCACUUCAUGAACGGCGAUCUGGGACUACAACAAAACGUCACUGGCAUGCAUCCUGAUCCGGCCAAACACUCGUCGGUAUUUGUUAUACAACCGGAAUCCGGACUGCCUCUAUCGCUUUCUGUAAAAGUGCAAAUCAACAUGCAUUUCAAGGACUUGCGCAACUACCAGGCUGUCUCCAAAUUUAGUCACCUGACAGCACCCAUGCUAUGGUUUGAGAUCAUGAUGCCAAGGCUACCUGACUCAUUGGACUCACGCUUCAACUUCUACCUGAACAUUUUACCGAUGGUCAACCCCCUAGGUUUUUGGAGCGCUCUACUGUUGGGAGUUAGUCUUUUGAGCUAUGCAAUUUGCAAGGCUACCCUUCAUAUGUCUAGCUAUGGACGCCAGUCGGCCAAAAUUUCCGAAGGUAACAACGCUCGUGUCAAUCUUCUCCAGAAGCUCAAAAACAGCGGCGACGCGGCAGCUAAUCAAGUUUACAGUCCCUGCGAGGUGAAUCUGAUAGUUGACCGUUCUAAGCAGCAGCCAGUGAUUGUGCGAUCCUUUGGCGAUGACUCGGUUUUUCAGCAGGUGCACCGAAAUUCAGGCUAUGCCCUGGACAUGGAGCCUGCGUUAUCUGACGCAGCCGAGAGCAGCGACGAUGGCCACAACUACGAUAUCCCUCUGAGCCGCAAUUUGAAAACGUCCACGACGCUGCUUACAGACGUAUGCACUGAGUGCUUUCACAACAGCCCAUUGAAAGCGGAUUCGGGAAAUGAAUGUUUACCAUCAACCGCCGUGUUCGACCGGCUCGCCACCAGCCUUGUCAGUAGCGUGUUUAGCAGCUCGCCUUCAUCAAUCCAAAGUUCCAGGUCACGCGAGAGUGCGGCAAGUAGCAACCCCACAAAAGACUGGGUGCAGUACAUUCAUCCUGAUCGAUCCGAUGCCAAAAUAAUACAAGACCAUUAAAUACCUCCACUAGCGAGCACUUUUAAAUGUUGCUACACACAAGAUCGGACAUAUUGGUUGGUCAGCACAUCGCUGUUUUGGGUAUACUUAAAAUUUUAACUAGUAUAAAUUAUUGUUAAUUGUAGCAAUUUUAGUACUGUGAUAACUUAAAAAUCGGUAAAAACAAAAACGCUUGUAGUUGUCAAAAUUGUAAGAAAUUCUUCUUUCUCUGGAAAACUAAUAUAACAAAAAAAAUUGAACAAAAAUAUAUAGUUAUUUACGUUAAAUUUUUAUUUAAGUAAUAAGUCGUUAAUUUAAGUAGCCUCUAUGAGGAGACUUCUUAGUUUCAUAUACACCAAUAAGAUAAUUGCUGCAGAUUUAAGUUGAAGUUUCUAAAGAAUGCUGUGAUGUUGUAUUGAUGUAGAUGAAAGUUAUUUUAUGCCCUCAACAUACAUAUACUUUGAACGAUUAAUUAUAUAAAGAAAAAAAUAUUUGUAAUAAAAAUAAAAUAAAAUAAA